CGAGCGCGGUGGAUCCAGACUACUGUUUGGGUAGUAAUGGAUUCCUCCGCAGCCAGCAAGCGACCCAGCACCACACAAAGCCCACUAAAAAGUGGUACUAAGAAGAAAACAAAGGUUUUAUCAGCAGCAUCUCGUGAGUUGAAAAGAGAUUAUGACCAAAGCCGUCCAAGCCACAUCGGGUACACGUUCAUGUCAUGGAGGCAGCUUCGACUUGAGUUGGGACUCAAAACAGAUGCUGACAUGGCUCAUUUCCUAGUGACCAGCUGAUGGAAGGAUGGACUCCCCAGGACAUACUGCCCAGUACUGCACUUAUACCACUAUGGAAAAUGAGUCCAAGGACAUCAUCAGUGUUGUCACUGUGGACAAGAGACAAACCAACCAUAACAGUGUGAUCAUGGAGAAGCAUGCCUUCAUACAGACGUUUGACAGCCUUUUGGAGAACCUGAACAUCACCGAGAUUGUCACUGAUGCACACAUGCAGAUUGCAGCACUGAUGGGAUAUGUGGGUGGGGGUGCUUUAUCAUGUCACAGGGAAGCAUGAAUGGACCCGUGGCAAAUGUGACCAUGGACCACUUGAUGAAGCGACCCGUGAUAAAGAGCUCAUGGUGCCAGGCUCUGCACCACAUGAGGCUCUUCAACGAGUCAUGUUCAACAGACGCUGGUUGAAGGAUGUCGCGAAGUAUCUGACCUUUCGGUCAACUUCAGAACUUGAGAGUUUCCAGAACUGCAUUCUCAUGUAUGCUGGAAAAAGGUUUGCCUUAUCUCCUCCUGUCUAUGAAGCAAGGUGCCUUCUUGCUGCAUUAGACUACAACCACCACAACCAUCGACCAGAUUACAUCGGCUGGAAUAACAAGAAAUCAUACAAGAGACUGUACAGCAAGAAGUCACACAAUUACCGUGUCCAAGCGGUAAAGGUUGCAAAGGACUAUGGCUACAUCCCUGAGCUGCAGCGUUGCAUCCUAAGAAAGCGUAUGGAUGGAGGGGCGCUUCCAAGAAAAGCAAAACACUGGCCAGGUGACCCAAGGCAUUUUGGAAAUCUUGCAGGAGUUGUGCCCCCAACGGCAGAACUGGUCCAGACACAGAUUCGCAGAGGACAGGCCUCAGCUACAUGAAGCAAGAAAAGAGAGAAGACAAGACCUGCUUAUUUUCCAAACAUUUUUUAUUAGGAACAUGUAAAAAACAAAAAACAAAAUAAAACUAUGUACAUAAUGCAAAUUUGAAAAAUACUCCCUGAAA